UACGCUCGAGACCCACCAGUUCACUGGUGGCGCAGGCUCUGUUCUGGCUCAGUGCGUCUCGUACGCGCAGUGGUUUGUUGGAGUUGCCAAGUACCUCGUGAACACGAAUCUUGCGCCAGGUUUUUGGACUGUUUUAUGGACUUGGUCAAAUUUGACUUGUCCAGUCGCGAUUUUGGCUUAAUGUAUUUCAAUGAUAACGAAUCUAUUUCGUAAAGACAACUGACGGGAUAGGCUACUCGGCAAGGGAACUCUCGACAACCCGAAGCAUGUGUACCUCUCCAGAGUUAUUUUUUUGCGCAAGGUGAUAGUGACGGUGAAGACAGUUGAGCUGCCUUUUCUAGUUGGCUAAGAGGAACGAGUCAAAUACUUAUGGAUUACUACCCGGUGGUUCUUUGACAGGGUCGCCUCGAUCUUAAAGUGGAACUUUAGGGAGGACACUUGUGAGGCUUUAUCGUCUGUUUAACACAUCUUAACGCUUUUCCAACUUCUGGCAUUGGACAACAGUUUUGAAGGAAGACCAUGGCAUCGGAAACCACUCCAGUGUUGUCGAAACAGGUGUUACUUUGGCUGGUUGUAGCAUGCCAGUCUGUGUCUGUGAUGGCUUGUGGCGGGACCUAUGAGUACGCCAUCGAGGAGUUCUGCCUGGGGAAAUUCAGACUGGACAUGGAGGAACUUGACCAGCAUCACUGGUGCAGCUGGGAGGAUACAGUGGAACCUUAUGGUGAGCUCACCAACUGCACCUACCUGAUUGCCCUGAAGAUGGACUGUUUCUGGCCCAACCGGCAGGUGGACGAGUUCUUCAUCCGCAUCCACAAGCACUACUUCCACGACUGCUCCCUGUCGGGACGGCAGCUGCGUGAUCCGCCCAACCAUAUCCUUGGGCCAUUCAUUGUGGUGCCCAUCCUUGUCACGCUGCUCAUGACUGCCCUAGUGGUGUGGAGGAGCAAACGCAGCGAAGGCAUUGUGUAACCCAGGCCAACCCCAAGCUCCAGGCCCCCAGCCAGGGGAGAAGAGGUCUAGAGGAGGCCCCCUUCACCCUCCACCCAGAACGGAGACAGGUAUACAUAACGCUGCUGCUUCUACAGAACAGACAUCAUGGACCAGGCAAGGGACUGGGAGGACUAUCAAAGCCUGUAUCAAGGACAACAUUAUAGACCAUCUAUGUUACUGUCACUCUGUUGGGAGUUGACACUGAGCUACAGCCACAGGAUAUAGGAAAGGACACAGACUACAAGAUGAGGAUUUACAGAACUACACUGAUUAUAACCUGCAGGAGGACUUGUUUAAAAAUGGAGUGUCUGUUUUCAUUACCCUUUAUCUGCUAAUCCAAUCUAGAUGGAGAAUCACAAGCUGUUAGCCAUGAAGGACAGAUGGUGUCUGAUUGGUUUGAAGGACUUCCUGGGCACAUGAGGUAAUUUCCUGUGCAGUGAGUUGGGAUACUUUGGCACAACUUCUGAAGUGGACUUUUGACAGUCAGUCACCGAUUGGUUGAUAGAUAGGAUGAUGCUAGGAUGAUGCUAUCAUCUCUGUGCUUUAUGGAUAAUGUCUGUGCACUCUAUACUCACCUCAUAAACACUGUCUGGAUCCAACAUCCCCUGUACCUGCACCUGUCCCUAUCCUUGCUGCUGUCCCUGCCCUGUCCCUGUUCCUGUCUCUAACAGUCAGAACCAACAUAUUUCUACAAUCGCCCUUCAAUCCUUACUUUGGCAUUGUGCCAAAUCGCUGUAAGAUAUCAAAAUAAUAUAAUAAAAUUGAAUUUGCCAUGAAUAGAAAGUGAAUAUGAAAAAGAGAUGAUUAAAAAUGACUGAUGUGUGUGAGACAACAUACUGUGCAAAUGCUGAUUAGGGGGGCGUGGUAUGAUUGCUAGUCAGCCUAUUGCAGAUCUGGACAAAUGAUCCACCAACCACUAUUAUCCCUAUGAAUGGUUGAUACAGGGCAGGAAAGGUCUACCCCCCCCCUGCAAAUUUUGAAUGUGUACAACAAACUUGGAUUAAAACAAAGACGUGUCAUUGUGAA